UCCAAAAACAUGGUGUCAGUUCAUCUGUUAUUAUAGCAACACGUUAUGUUUAAACUUAAAUAGAAUAGUUGAACAUAACUGUCAGGAUUUGGCCAGGGUUGUUCCGGUUUUGGUCACUAGAUGCCCCCAUUGUGCUUUUUGACCCUUUUGUUUUCCCUUGUUCCCAGUUAUGAUUUGCACCUGUGCCUCUUUCCCUUGAAUGUAUUUAAACCCUUUGUUUUCCUCAGUUAUUUGCUCUGUGUUUGAAUGUUAGCACCCAGCCCCAGUGAGGCUGUGAGCAUUUGUUGCGCCAGUUGGACUCUCUUGAGGUACUCUGUUUUUGUUCUCGUUUAUUUAUUUUUGAGGCUUUUCCCUGCUGUACCUACCACCUUGUGGAUUUACCUUUUUGACUUGGAGGAUUACCUUUGUUCUCUUGGAAUUACUUUUGACGUUGUGGAUUUAUAUUUUUGCCUGAACUUUCCUUUUUACUUUAUUAAAACACUGUUUCCAGUACUGCUGUGUCUGCCUCAUCUUCUGGAUUCUGCCGACUAUUAGUGGUUCAGUUUGCAAAGUGACUGUUUCUCACACCGGAGACCCGAGUUUGUAACCGGGUCCUGACAAUAACUAAUAGGAACUACAAUAGUGAAAUCAAACAUUUUAUUUUCAUUGUUUAUAUGGUGCUAUUUGGGACUUAGCCUGGGUUUGUUACAUAGGGUUCAUUCUGUUGCUUUAUCCACGUCCAGUCAUUCUGAUAUGUAUGGUUUUUAUUACAGAUAUAGCAAGCCAAUGUAAAUGCCAUCCAUUUUUAUGGUUUGUCUCCUGUCUAUCAUUGUUAGCCUAUUAUGUUAUUUGUUGUUUUACUGUCAUGCCCUGGCAACAUAUAGCUCAGUGUUAAACACCCUGAUGAAGGCUUUAAUACAGAAACACUUUGACUGCAUCUCAACUGGCACCCUAUUCCCUGGCCUAUAUAGUGCACUGCUUUUGAUCAGAUCCCUAUGGGCCCUGGUCAAAAGUAUUUAACUGCAGAGAAUAGGGUGCCAAUCAUGAAUACCUUUUAUUGACCCUCCAUGACUAGACAUUAUCAUGUCAGCUAUGUUAUUAUACUGGAUUUGAUCGAGCAGUUACAAGCCUUCACUGUUGCACAUGCCCAGCUUCCACCACUGAGUGUCAGCAGUGAGCCAUAAACUUAACAAAGUGUUCCCAUUAGGCCCCCAUUGAACUAUGCAAAGCAAGACAUUAGUGAUGUCCCUGUAAAGUUACUGCAGGAACACAGUAGAAUUAUAUUUCUAUGAAGUGUUUGAGUGUUUCAAACUUUAGUGUCAGUGACUUCACAGUACUAUGUGUUGCUUGCUGCCAUAGAAAUGGAAUUCUUCAUUCUAAUUCUAUAGUACUAGUUCUAAUUCUACCACUUAGGUUGCUUUUCUUUAGUGAGUAAUUAACAAGUUUAUCUUCCCAUAUUAGAAGGUUGUAUAUUGUUCCUGCCAACAUUUCCCAGUAGACAUUAAAACAGCUGCCAUGGAGUUACGCAUUUGUAGAGCAUCAUAAUGCUUUGGGGUUGAAACUACUUAGGUCAAUCUCCAUCUCUGUGUCAGUAAAGUUAGCUAUGGAAAAGGCAGUUCGGGCCCUGUCUUUCCCACUGUCUGUCCGGCUCCUGUCUGUCCCCAGCCUUCUAUGUCUCCUGUCCCUGCUGUGCUGUGUCCCUGCGGGGAGACCCUGUCUGCAGUGUGACCGCAGGGUCAGGCUCCUCCAUGAAGACUACCUAUUGGCUGCUGCCUCUGCAACCAUAGAGGACCAGAUAGAACUGAAGAAGAUUCUAGACUACGCCUACGUCACCUACACAACCACCAGCAACCAGUAUAGCGGAGUUAUUGACCCGACCACCCUCUACAGGGCCAGUACAGAAUACCAGAGUGAGUUUGACCGUUUCCAGGGAAGCCAACUCACAGGGCCUCUAACGUUUGAGGCCAUUCAAAUUCUGGAGAAAGGCAGGAAAAUUCUAGAGAAACACCUGCAGACUUUUGUCCAGAAAGGUCUCUGCCCAAAUAAAUGUGGGUUGCUGUAUCAGAGAGUAAUGAACUGCCUUUCCUGUCAGUACAAGCUGCACACCUGCCCCUCUACCACUCAGGACUGCGGGGAGUAUCCAGUGGAGGCAGCAGAGGGGGGACAGGCAGUGUUGGACUGUUUCCUCCCCUGGCAUAGUCUAGUUGUGGGCCGGCCAGAUUAUCACUACACCUGGGCUCCAGGGACGCAAAGGACUGCAAAUCUGACAGAGGGUGAUUUCAGAGUGUUGGUGGUUACUGAGGAUUCCUCUGUGGUGCUGAACCAGCUGCGUGUCGAUGAGGAGGGCAUGUACCGCUGCCUCCUAACGGAUGGCACAGGAACUGUCCUUUCACGCACACACUUCCUGCUCACUGUCACCCCGUUACCUGUCCCGACUCCCAGAUCUCUCCUCACCCUGCCCUCCCUCCCUCCUAGUUAUGAUGCCUCCCCCAUUUCUCACCCUCCCACUGACCUCCUGCUAGUCAUCAUCAUCAUGGUUACUGCCCUGAGUCUGACGGCCAGCCUAGCCCUUGCUAUUGCUUUUGGGUGA